AUGAGAAAAAGAUCAAUAUUUUUUUCGGAAUUAUUUUUUCAUUUAAUAGUACUUGUACUGAUUAAUAGUGAAGCAAAUGCUGAAACUAUCAUUAAUCGAGUCGAAAAUAAAAAAAAUAACAACUAUAAAAGACCAAGCUACUUAGUUCUAGGUAAAAACAAUGUUUUCACUCCAGAUUAUUCUAAAGAAGUGAAUUGUCUUGGCCCUCCAAUAUAUUUUUUUGACGUCAUUAAUAGAAAAAUUAUGAGCUUAGAGGUUGAUUGCAAAGAUACAUUUUUACUUAUUAACAAUAAUGGUGAACUAACUGUGAGGCUUACAGAUGAAACCUAUUAUGUUAAUGAUCGUAAGACGAAAAAACACUUAUUUUUUGACUAUAAUUUAAAUCCAGCAACUUUUAUUUUGAAAGAAUAUGAUUCUGCUGAAAUUGAGUAUAAAUCUGAUGAUUUGUUGAAAAAUAAUGUCUAUGCAAUCCCGAAAGAUUACAACACAUCUAAAGAUGGGGAAUACUUAAGGUGGAUUGUGGAAACAGAGUUUUUGGGAGUUAGUACGAUUUCAGAUAAAAUGGUUAAAUUAGCUAAUUAUACUUUUGAUCAACCAGAAAAUACAUUUGAAAUUAAUAUAUCUGUCAAAGAAAAGUCAUUUUUAAUUUUUAUAAUUAAAACAAAUAUGGCUGGAAUUAAAAAUACUUAUUUUGCGGCUUUCCCUAUUUUCUUCAUUUCUAAUAUUAUAUAUGAUAUUAGAAAACCUUUACUAACAUUUCAAUUCGAUCAAAUUGACUCCAAAAAUAUAGAAACAUACGAUGUCAAAAGGGGAGUUCAUUUUUAUAAAGGGUUGAAAUUAAAAACCAACAAGAUUCAUGGUGAAAAGAUAUUAUUUAGCGAAUCUUUCUUUGAAUUAGAGAAACUAAUUAAGGAUAGAUUUGAAAGACUGAGAAUUUUUUCUGACUCGAAACACAACUUUGGCACUAUAAAUCUUUUAAAUUCAGUUAACAAUAAUGAAAAUAAUGAAUUUCUGAUGCAACCAAAUAGUUUAGAUAAUGCCUUUAAUCAAUUUUACAAUUCAUCAUUAGAUAAUCUACAAAUGACUGAUAAAACUGUAUUAAUUACUACUACUACUACUACUACUACCACUACUACCACUACUACCACUACUACCACUACCACUACUACUACUAUGGCAACUAAUACUAAAUCUCUUUCAGAAGUAAAUUUUCUUGUUGACUCCAACUUUUAUCCCAUCUAUAUUGGAAUAAAUGAUAUUUUACUAAGAUAUGAAAGGAAUGAUAAUCAAUAA